AUGGCCCAACAACCGAACCUACCAACAAGUAUGCCAACAGACGUGGUGCCAACUCAAACUUAUCCACCAACUCUCCAAGAAUUAGGUCAAGUAGACCGUUUUAUGUAUAAACUAGUAAUAGCCAAUGGAAGUGUGACAGAUACUGAACUUGGUGAGUGGAGAGUAUACUCUAACUCGCUUGUGACAACACAUGCAAAUGCAUCGGUCCUGGCGGGUACCAACACCAAUACUACAGGAACUCCAGAAUGGUUCAUUCAGGCUUUCUCAAAUGGAGGUAUUGCUGACCUAGCUAUUAACAACGCCAUUAUAACAGCUUGUACACCAAAUGGAGCCAUAGAUCAAGCCAUAAACAAUGGAAUCAACAAUGCUUGUGCACCAAAUGGCGCCAUAGAACAAGCCAUAACCAAUGCUUGUGCACCAAAUGGCGCCAUAGAUCAAGCCAUAACCCAAGGCAUCAACAAUGCUUGUGCACAAAAUGGCACUAUUUAUUCCCUUUUUGACGUGAGUUUUCAAACAAGUAUGGCAAGAUCUCUUAAUGGUAACUCGUCUCGCGAUAACGAUUUAUUUCGCGAAUUCCCCAAUUUGAAUGGUGAUUUACCAUCUGAUAGAAACGUCACGUUUCCUCAAAACUUGUCCACACUAAGGAAUUUCACCCGUGCCCAAUGCAAUAGUCUACUCCGCCACUACAACCAAUUACCUGCCAAUAGUGUACAACAGGCAAGGCAGAUGUAUGCGUUUAAAACAGAUACAAACCAAUCAAUUAAUCAAGCAACUAACUUUUCCUUCAAGGACUCAUACGUGUGGAGACUUAUGCUCAAGCCACGUUGGUCAACGUGUGGAUGGACUCAAAACAUGAUAUCCUCGGAAUUGAUCAUUUGGGACAACACAACUUUUGAAUGUACAUCAUCUAAAUUAAAAGAAGAACUUUCUCAAUUAUCGACGGAAAGUGUUAUUUGUAUAGAAGGAGUUGUUAAAGAUCAAAAGAAACUAUUAACAUGCAAAUUUCAACUGGUGAAAUUGAAGUUGAAAUUGAGUAAGUUUUAUUGUCUCAAUCGGGCAAAUAACUUGCCAUUUUUCCCGUUGGAUAGUAGAAAAUUACCAAAUGAAGAAGUUAGAUUGAGACAUCGAUACAUUGAUUUACGACGGGACUUUAUUCAAAAUAAUCUUCGUAAACAUUCGCUUGCAUCAUGGACCAUAAGAAAUUUUCUUGUGAAUGAAGGAUUUGUUGAAGUUGAAACACCUAUAUUAUUUAAAUCAACAUCUGAAGGAGUAGGAGCAAGAGAAUUUAUAGUACCAACAAGAACAAAAGGAUCAUUUUAUGCAUUAACACAAAGUCACGCAACAGGAGGAAUUGACAAAUAUUUUCAAAUGGCGAAAUGUUUACGUGACGAAGAUCUUAGAACUGAUAGACAACCGGAUUUUACUCAAGUUUGGACGCUAUUGGGACGAAUUCGAUCCCAAAUUGCAAAUUUUGUUACAAUCGAAAAAACAGAAAAUGAAACUGGACGGUUGUCUUCAACGCAUCAUCCGUUCACAGCACCUAUACCCGAAGACGUUAAAUUACUUUUCAAAGAUCCUGACAGGUGUGUUAAAGGACAACAUAAUGACUUAGUUUUAAAUGGAAUAGAAAUUGGAGGUGGAUCCAUAAUAUUUCAUUCAGCAAAAUUACAAUCUAUGAUAUUUAAUGAAAUAUUACAACUUGAACAUGGAUGCCCUCCCCACGGUGGAAUUGUAUUGGGAUUUGAUAGGUUAUUGGCAACAAUAUGUGGAACAAAAUCCAUUAAAGAUGUUAUGGCUUUUCUAAAAGCCGCUUCUGGUAGUGAUCUGUCCUUCUGA